GGACUGAGCGCACGGCUCGCGCGUCCUCCGCCAGCCCGCGCGCCCUCCCCGCGACCCAUGUCCCGCCGCAAGGCCGGCAGCACUCCCCGCCGAGUAGACCUCGCGCCCGCCGCCAACGCAGACGACGAGAUGGAGAUGCCGGACCUCGUCAUCGAAGUCAAGCCCGAUCCGGACGCGCGGCCCCUGCAGGCCCCGGGGCUGGGGCCGUUCGCGCCCCAGGAGCUGCCCGCGCUCGGCCGGUUCGGGAGCGAAUCCCGCCUCUCCCCCGGCUCCACGCUCGCCGGGGCCGCCCUCCACGCCAUUGGCGCGCGGAGCCAGUGGGCCGGGUGGACGCCGCUGAACCCGAACCCUCUCGACCGCCAGCUCUGGACCGACAAACGCCCAGAUCUGUUGACCUGCGGCCGCUGCCUGCAGACCUUCCCGUUGGAAGCCAUCACUGCCUUCAUGGACCACAAGAAGCUGGGCUGUCAGCUCUUCAGAGACCCCGGCCUCAGGCAGGGCUCAGAACGAGACGACCUGAAAACCUUGAGCUGCCUCCACUGCGGCCGAGAGUUCACGGAGGCCUGGAGACUGCUGUGCCAUGCCCAGCGUGACCACGGACUGUCCAUCUACCAGACCGAGGCAGAGGCCCCAGUGGCCCCCGAGUCCCCACUGCUGGGUCUGGCUGAGGUGGCCGCGGCCGUGUCCGCUGUGGUGGGGCCGGUGGCCGAGGCCAAGGGCGCCCGGGUGAGCAGCCGCCGGAGCCCCACCUGCCCUGUGUGCAAGAAGACCCUCAGCUCCUUCAGCAACCUCAAGGUGCACAUGCGCUCGCACACGGGCGAGCGGCCCUACGCCUGCGACCAGUGUCCCUAUGCCUGUGCCCAGAGCAGCAAGCUCAACCGCCACAAGAAGACCCACCGACACCCGCAGUCCCAGAGCCCCUGUGCUGCAGACGCCGGCCAGGAACAGGCCUCCGCGGCCCCCCCGGAGCCAGCCUCCCAUGCCGCCGCCCCGGCCAGCACCCUCCCGCACCGCAGUGGGGAAGGGACUGGAGCCGCCGCCACAGCGGGUGUCCAGGAGCCCGGGGCUCCUGGCAGCGGGGCUCAGGCAGGCCCCGGCGGGAACGGUUGGGGAGCCGCCACCAAGGAACAGAGAACUGACCCUGCUAAGAGCCAGAAGACCUCGCCCAAGAAGAUGCCGAAGCCGGCAGGCAAGGGCCGUGGGCCGGGAAGCAGGUGCGAGUUCUGCGGGAAGCACUUCACCAACAGCAGCAACCUGACGGUGCACCGGCGCUCGCACACCGGCGAGCGGCCCUACGCCUGCGAGCUCUGCCCCUACACCUGCGCCCAGAGUAGCAAGCUCAACCGCCACCGCCGCAUGCACGGCCUGGGGCCCAGCGGCAUCCGCUUCCAGUGCCCCCACUGCUGUGUGCCCUUUGGCCUCCGCGCCACCCUGGACAAGCACCUGCGGCAGAAACACCCUGAGGCGGGCGGGGGCGCCUGAGCUCCAGGCACACCCUCUCCUGCCGCCCCUGUGUACCGCUGUCCCCACUGCUGUCCUCCCUAGUUGUGCAAGUAAACCAUCUCUCCUUGGUUACACAACGUGAGUGUGGACUUUCUUGGGGUGUCUGAGGUGG